AUGUCAACGAAUUAUAUCGAGCCGUUGUUUUUCACAAGUGACCCUCCCGACGAUGAAAUCAAAAAACAAAAGAAAGCUUAUAAAGUGUAUCCACGUCUACCAGAAAUGAACUUAAAAGAUUAUUGGCUCUCGGACAAAGAGACGUUUCGUACAUUCACAGAAAAGUUCCAAGAGUCGUGUAAAAGUUUGAGUGUAUUAGCAAUGAAAUACACUCAAAUUGACAGACCAACACUCUUUGACUCCGAGGAAUCACACAAAGAGAAUAUCCAGAUGUUCCUCUCUAAGCAAUUGAAGGCAAUGUGUUUCUUCUUGACGACUGAUGGCGACUUGUACGCUACUAACUCCGUCUUGACAUCAAGAAAGAAUGACUUCAUUAAUGACGAAACUUUCCGAAUAUACCAAUUCUACACUCAGGGGAAAAAAUGCUUCAUCUCGUGGAAGCGUAACCCAAACAGUCGUGACCCUAAGAAGUCUAUUGAACUCUUCGACAUGUGUUGUGUGGGUAAUAUAGAAAUUUUCUGUGUAUACUCCGCUUUCACAAUUGAUAAACAUAGUAAAAUGGAGUGGUACGAGGAGUUUGGAAACGAUUACCUAGUCGAGGAAUACUCAUCAAAUGAGGAUUUAAAAGCUACUAAAUACCCAAAAAACUCAAAAAUCAAGCAUUACCUUGUUAUAGCUUUCGAUCUAUAA